AUGACCUCCUCAACCGAAGGCCUUGAGCUAGCUCAAAUUUCUUUCUACGCCGUUGCAUCCCUUCCUUGUAUCUACUGCAUCUUCAAACACAGAAUAGCAGGGGUUUUGGGCUGGCUCUACGUAUUCGUCAUGUGUGGUCUGCGCUUGGUAGGGAAUGGGAUAGCAUAUCAUGCCCUUUCCACAACAGGGCAGUCCAACAGAGCAGCUUCCAUUAUCAGUGGCAUCGGUCUUUCGCCACUCUUGCUAGCUGCAAUUGGUAUUCUUCGCGAGUCAAACCACUCGAUCCAGUCGCAACUGCCGGUCUUUCUAGGUGGAUUCGGUAUGCUGAUUCCUCAUCUCGUCGUUGCUGGCGGUAUUGGGCUUGCAGCGGCGAGUGGAGAAGACACAACUUUGCUUGAGGUCGGUCUGAUCAUUUUUGCGACCGGUUGGAUCAUGGUCGUUGGACUGGUGGUACUUUCUGUGAAAUCAAACGCUCACCGUAGCCGGCUUGAGGGGGAAAUCAAGCUUCUUCACGCCGUCAUGAUUGCCUUGCCCCUCAUUGGUGUCCGCCUUAUUUACGCCAUCGCAAUAGUAUUCAAGUUCAAGAAUGCUGCUGGCGGAAGUCUUGCCUUGCAGGUCAUUUUUGGUACUUUACCAGAGUUUUUGGUCAUGAUUACUUACUUGUCUGCUGGGAUUGUUACUCAUACCUUGGCUCGCAGUCGUUACCAAAACAAGCCAGGUCCUACUUAUCCCUCAAACUACACUUCCGUCACGGUAUAG